AGUUCGUCACUGGAGUAUCCACACGCUUGAAUAGUGUUUUUUGGCCUGAUUCCGCCAUUAUUAUUGUAAAAAAAUCUCCAUAGUCAUUAUUAGAUAUAACUAUAAACUAUUUCCUUUACAAAUGUGAAGUUAGUGAAACAGUGCACAAUGGAUAUCUAACUAAAACUGUUCUCCAAGUGUAUCAUUUCCUGUUUCGUAUAGUACAGAAACAAGCAACUGCGAUCGCUAGCGUACUCUUUUCAUUAUCACGUGGGUCAAAUUUCGAAUUUUAUGCCUAGAUAGAAUGUGUUUUGUAUAUUCGGUGUUAGCGUCCAGUUGUAAAUAAAAAAGUUUUCUUUAAAUAGACAAAGACCGGCUAGUAAUCUGUUCUAAACAUUCUUGUUUUUCAGAAGCGCGCCGUUCGCUUUUCAAUUGAACUGGAUAAUCUCGCUAUGGAACCGGAGGGAGAUUGAUUCUAAAGAGAAUGUUAUUAGUGGAUUGUGCAUUACAGUGUUGUGUCAGUGUAGUGAACGAAUAAUUAGUGAGUGUUACAUAAGGGACGGUAUGUGCGGUAUCGGGAGCCCGCCCUGACGCCCUGCGCGCCGGCGUCCGCGGCGGGCUAAGCGCGUGUCAUGGCCCCAGCGCUGUCCGCGACACCCCGCACCUACGACCCCGUUGACGACCCUGAAAGGUCGGUAUCUCAUCACAGACGGGCGCUCGCGUCCGUCGAUAACAUUGCGACCCACAUGGAGGAGGACGACAUGGGACUCCAAAACCAACCUAGCCUUGCCAAAGAUUCCCAAGAAAUGGAGCAAAUUCUAGUGGACUUGGGCAGCAGUGAUAUUGCACAAGCUGACUUACUCCAAGCGAUCAAAACAUUGGAAAGUGGAGGAGAUGGCUUAUCAACAGGCGAUCCCGAUGGUAUGUUUCCUCUUAGUGGUUUUGAUUUGGCUGAUACCGCCGACUCUGAAGGGGAUGCGGCUGAGGAUAAGAUAAGACUGAUGCAAGCUCGUCUUGAACGCAGAUGUGCCUUUUUGCAACGACGGUUAAGGAUACUUCAGGCUCGAGCAAUUGGGAAAAGAAUAUCUGAGGAAGCAUCACAGACAUUUGAGAAAUGCACUCGUGCUGCUAGGAAAGAUGGAGGUGGAAGACCAAUUGGAUUAAAGGCAUUCCUAAAGAAAAUAGAAACUACAGCAACAUUACAAGCGAGUGCAGCGUCUCGAUCUGUUGUUGGUCCUAAGUAUUAUCGUGCUGGCACAUCAAAAGGUGAUGCUUCCAGAUCUGCUUCAGUGGGGAUACCUUCUGGUACAUUGACAGGUCUAGAAGACACUGCUGGUGCCUUACGCUCACACCUCUCAAUAGUGAAACAUGAGCUGGACUCUGAUGCUACGGCUUCAUCGUCAGGAGCAGAAAGUAAUGAUGAAGCUGUUGUGUACAACAAUCCUCACCAACAACAUAUGCCAAUUGAAAAGCGCGCACUGUGGUCUUGGCAGAAGACGCGCGCGUCCAUUGCCUCUCGCUGGUGCUGGAUGCAGGCGCAAGUCCAGGAGUUAGAGUACAAGAUUAGACAACACAAUGACCUGCACAAACAGGUUCGUGAAGCGAAAGGUCCAGUGGAGUUCGAAGGUGAACCACCGGUCGCCUAUGAAGGAAACCUUCCUGGCUCCGAGCUGCCAGAAGAUGAUCCCGCUACGGAGACGUGUGCAAGGGUGCGGCCGUUACGUAGAGAGACCUUCAAGAAACGAAAAUUAUUACAAAUGCACAACCUGCAUAUUGCUACCAAUAAAGCCGCUAAACCGUCGGAUAUAAGGUGCUCGUGCGCUAGCGGCGCGGAGAGCUGCGCGGUGUGCACGGGCCGCGCCGAGCCCGCGCAGCCCGCGCCGCCGCCCGCCGCCGCGCCCGCCGCCGUGCACCUCGCGCGCCUCGACCCAGGCUACCACCCCGUGCUCAGCGACCUGCGCGACGUGUCGCCGUCGCUGCACAUGGCGGCGCUGUGCCCGCGCGCGUGGUUCCGGCCGCGGAUGCUGCGCGGCCGCGUGUCGACCGCCGCCGCGCCCCGCGCCGCGCCCCGCCACCACCAGCACCAGCACCAGCACCAGCAUCCGCACAAGCACGCCAAGCGACCGCCCACCAAAUUGAAGAGAGGAAGACCACCACUUUCUAGAAAAAUAAGAGACAGAGAAAGGGAUGAAGAAACAUCAACACCAAGUCAUGAAAGUCGGCGCGGGCGUCCGAGCACGGAGAGCCGGAUACGGCGGCAGUCGUACGACAUCGACAACAUCGUCAUACCGCAGAGCAUCGCGGCGAACACGCGCCCGCAGAUACUCACCUACAAGGAGAUCAUCACGCCCAAAUGGCGACUGUUGGAUGUACCUGAAGUGCCUCUGAAUAAUGGCAUCAUGAAGUCAAAUAGAAUGUCCAUAGAAAGUGAGGAGGAGGACGUGUCUGAAGCAGCGGUGCGCGAGCGUCACAUCCGUGCGGAACACCGCGAGAAGACGCGGUACGCUCGGCGGCCGCGCGGCCCGCGCCGCCAGCCCGCCGACGCGCCGCCUGCGCCAAGUGAACCGCCGCCGCCGCCGCCGCCGCCGCGGGCCGCCACGCCGCCACCACCGCCGCCACCACCGCCCAACCACGAGACAGUGAGACCGUAUACACCGCGACAAUUCCCGCUCCCGGAAGAGACGUACGCGGACAUGUUGUCGGCGAUGCCUGCUGGACACGCCUGGCCAGACGACCCUGACGACUCCGGUGCCCCUGACGACACCAACGUCCCUGAUGACUCAAAUGCGCCCAUCGGCCCCGAGUCUGACACGCGCUCAGGGUCGACUCUGUCGCCCCUGUCUCCACUUUCGCCGACCGCCUUUGAAGGCGACGAUCCCGAUGACAUCGAGUGGAACCCGGAAACAGAAAAAACGGAACGACGGAAAAGUGCUUUUAGGUGAAUUUGGCUUAUCGUUCACUAUACGGACUUUAUUAUUAUGCUCUAUAUAAACCUUACCAUUUCUACAAUUUAAAAAAAAAUAAAUAAUUAAUGUUACCAUUAUCGCGGUGGCGUCGAAAUAAUUUUUGUAUUUUAUUAUUUCUAUUUUGAAACCGUUAAACAUGUGUAAUGGACUUUGCGUCGUGCACACAAAAGUGAAGCCAAUUAAUUUGAAUCUUUAUCCAAAUUGGAGAGUAGUUGAAGUAGCUGAAACAUUUUCAAACUAUGGUCUAUUAUCUACAAGUUGCUGUGACAUUGAAAUGAUUAUAUGUAACAUCUUUUGUUGAUUGAUUUUAAUGUUGUGUUUGAACCGCUAUAACAACUUUGUUUUAAGCUUGGAUACUAGAAAUAAUUAAUAUUUAUCAACAAUAACGGUUUAAUCAGUAUAUGCAAGAUGAAAAACGAGAUUUUGUUCCAAUUAAAUACUUAUGAAAUAGUUAAUUUCAUGAAGUUUGUAGUGGUCUUUUUAUUCAAUAUCAUGAAUGAUAUAAAAAAAAUUAUCCACUAUAAUUGUGUUAAGCUUAUUUUCAAUUUUGUUUUACAGUAAAACAGACAUGUUUUCGAUCUCCUGUAAAUAAUACACAUGUCUUGCUCGUACAUGUUGCGUGCCACCAUUACUGGAUGGUGAUUAGAAAAUAUGGCACCUCUGUUCGAUAUUUGUAAAUAUAAAUGUAUAUUCAUAAGUUGCUAAUUUAGUUAUUUUUUUUAGCGAUAAGCACCGUGAACCUGACGACAAUACAAAUUGAUCAAUUUAUUCGCACUUUAGUUUACUGUACAUACAUGUUAUAAAUGAGAGAAGACAAAUUGAAUUUGUUUUUAUUUUUGCAAUUGUGUUUUUACAGUGUAAAUUGAAAAAAUACCUAUACUAUUUAUCCGUUCAUCUAUAAUUUCAACAUUUCUGACAUCCAAUGUAAAAUUAUCUUGUAUGUGUAUAUAAAAAAAAUUGAAAAAAGUUACCGUCUUGUGGGUUCUUCUCAUUAGAUAAUAUUCCGAACUCAGCACUAGACUAGCAAUAAAGUGACAAUUUGAGCUUGUAAACAAGUCUAAUGGAAUAAUAUAUUUCUAUUCUAACCUGGAAUGUUCGUAAGAGAUGUGUAUAUUCUGUAAUGUCCACGGUCCUUCGUCAAUUCAUGUCUAUAGGCGACGAUCUUCGUUUUCCAUCACGUGGCCCAUCAGCUUGUUUGCCAUUCUAAGUAUCAAGAUAGUUAUUAUAUCUAUUUAUAUAAUCUAUAAAGAAUAGUAAGUGCAAUGUAUGCCUUACUAUUUAAUGCGACGUAAGGCUUGAAGAAAUUUAAUAAGCUAAAUUAUUCAGAUUUUAACAAGAUUUGUUGGAUACAAUUAGAAUUUUGGUAUUUGUUGAUGAGAUUUUAGUUAUUUUAUAACUUCUUAAAACCCCAUUACUGUGGUCUUCAUAUAUAUUAUUUAGAAAUUGUAAAUUUCAUAACAACAAAAGUUCAUUGUAUACAAUUUUUUUUUUUUUAUUAUACUUUGGGUGUUUUUUCAAUUACUCUACACACUGCAAUAUUUUUAUUUUGCUCCAUUGGAGUUGCAUAAAAAUAUUUCGCUUUCAAAUUGUCACAUUAUUUUUUUUUUCAGUUUAAGAAUUUAUCAAAUAAUUAGAUUUUGUAAGGUUUAAUGACAAUGAAUAUUAAUGAAAUGCUAUGGCCAUGUUGGAUUGUACUUUGUGCAAGUAUUUUUUUUUAUUUCGAAUCCCAAAUUUUAAAGCUUUAUCAUGUAUUAGAUUUAAUUUAAUGUGUAAGCAUGAAUUAUUGUGUAUAAAUGUGUAAAAUAUUCAAAUGAAGUUAAUGUGAACAUUCAGUUUGUCGUCAUAUGAAUGACACACAGUGUCUUACAUUCCUAUGUAAUAUAUCAAUUCAUUUAUAAGUGUAAUGUUAAUGUAAUUUAAAAAUAUAUAUAUUUUCUUUUGAUAACAAACUCAUUUCUGUUGCUUUUGUAUUUUGUACAUUUAUUAUUAAGUUGAGGUGUGCAUAUUGUUUGUUCGAGUAUGCAUAGAUUAGUGCUUUAUGAUAAUUUUUACAAUUACUAGAUUUUAUUAUGCCCGGGUCCCGCUAAGCGGUUUAUUUUAAGAUUAUUGGGCACUGAAUAGAAACUAAUAGACUGGCUAAAAUUGAUAAUACGAAUCUCUUUAAGAGGGAAUACUUAGAGAAGUGUGAAAUAAGCGAGCGUUUUGGAAUUUUGAGUAAUUCAUUUAUCAUAUUUAUCGAAUAUAAAGUUAUGGAAAUGUAUACACGAGGAAGUUGUAAACAAGUGCAUUGUUUUGUUAGUGUGCAGUAUCAGCGUUACCUUUUGCUUAGAGCAUUCAACGCUAGAGUCGGUAAGGCUUUUUUAAUUGGAUCGCUUUUUAUAGCUGUCUGGAGUUUGCUUGGCGUAAAUGGGAUGCGAUAUACAUUCUAUGAUGUUUUUAGAAAUUGUUUAAUUUCUCAUAAUACAAGGUAGCUUGAGGAUCAGUCAAAUAUUUAGUAUUUAUAUAUUUAUAGAAAAGGUGUAGUAAAAAAUUAAUCGAUUUAUUGAUUCGCUACACAAAUUUAUUGAUGUAAAAUUUUCCACGAUUAUGAAAUAUUAAUCCAUAAUAGCAAUGUGGCAGUGCUUAACUGAUCUCUCGCCUUGAAUGCUCUCAGAUUUUCUUUUUAGACUAUCAGUGUUAGAUUUAUUUGCAAUUUUUGUAUGUACGGACAACAUGACAUUUUCUUGGUAUAAUUGAAAUUAUAGUAUUUGCACAUAGAAUUUCCAAGCCAAACAAUAUUUUGUUGAAUUAUAAGUUUAUUUUUAAACUCGACAAUAGCGUUAAAAGCAUUCAUAACCAAGUAUGACAACGUCGCAAUUAUCUGACAGUUUUCAAAUACAUUUGAACAUUUGUCAAUGUUUUGUGAUUGGUUAUUUAAAAAGUGCUCUGCUAGUGUUUAUCAUGCAAUAAUAUACUUAUUAAGUUCUCGCUGAGAAUUUGGAUUAUGAUCGUAAAAAAUAUAUUUGAAAAAUUCCUUAGUAAAACAUGAAGUAGGUACAUUUAUUUAAUUAAUUUGUUGAAUUAUUCGUAGAUUUAUAUGCAAUGUAUUUUAUGAUAAACGUUUUAGUUCGCUAGCAGAGCACGUUUUGAAUUAUAUGUUAGAAACAUUGAAAAAUGAUAGUUUUUUUUUUAAUUGACAGAUAAAUGCCAUUGUUACCACAUUUUUGUAAGCAAAAGUUAUGAAUGCCCUCAUCACCGGUGAUUAUGUUACAUAUAAUUAUUUAUAUCUUGACAAUUCUAGGCAUUAAAGUUUUCUGUCUUCCCUGAUCGACUCUAAUGUGAGGAUACUGACAAGAGUUGUAUAAAAUAUCCGUAAUUCAUGUCAUCGUAGCAAUCACCCAAGUAUUAGACCGGUUUAGUGAAAUGAGAGAGAAUUAUUUCAAGCCACCCAUUUGUUCGGACUAUUCGUGCAUUUUUAAAUGCUACUAAUUAUCAUCAUUUGUGACAAAACAAUUUAUAUGUACAUAUAUAAGAGACAGGUUUACUUUGUGUGUCGUCGUUGUCCACCCAGAUGUGUUUUGUACUUUACCAUCAAAGAAAACUGAAUUGUAAAGUGAUAUGUAAAACUAAAUUAUUAAAUAGGUUGAAAAUUAAAAACCCAAAAACAAAAACAAUACAUACAAAGAAACGAAUGGUGGCGCGUUUUUUUUUUUUUUUUAUUUGAGUAUUUUAUACCUACUACUCCACAUACUUUGGACGUUGUACAGAAAUUGUGAAUUUAUUGCUUUUUUUUUUAUUGAAAAAGCGUAUUAUCCAAAACACUGAACAAAUUACACACGCUACAACAAGUUAUGUAACGAUAAAUAAUAGUAUGUAUUGGGGUUAAUGUUACACUUCUUAAUGUACAGACAUUCAGCGUUUCUAGAUAAAGUAUUUGGUGGUUUGAUACGAGCAGUAAAAGCAAUAGUGAAAAUUAUAAUGAAUGAUGUGUAUGGGUUUAGACUUUGUUAGAAACCUAUCACGAAAAUAUCUGAUUAGUCGCCUAAUAUUAGAACAUUCGUAUCAUGUCAAUAACAAAGAGUAGUAGUAUAUUAACUGUCUGUCAAUUUUAAAGAACAGUGAUCCGACAACAGAUUAAAUCGGUGAUCAUAGAACAUGUAUAUACCACGAAAAAUAAAACACUUAAUUCGUAUUUGGCGUUGUCUGAAGUUUUUAAAUCCUUUUUGCCAACAAUCUUAUUGCCCUAUUAAUAUUUUAAUCCACUAUCCGAAGAGCUUUUUAAUAAUCAAUGUUUGUUUUCAAAAACAACGUCGUAAUUAGCUGUUAAUUUUCAAAAAUUAACAGCUAAUUACGACGUAACUACAUUUUGUUAUGAACAUGGUAUGAUAACUUUUAAAGGAAAUUAUAGCAGCUGUCCUCAACACAAUGUCUUAUAUUGACCUAGUCACACCUUUGAAAUGUUUAAUUUAGUUUCAAUGCCAAGUCUCCUUACAAUUCUUUUUAUAACAAUAAAUGGAUGAGUGAUAAUGAAAAAAUGCCAGGAAUUUCUAUAAAAUUGCUGUAGGCGUAUUUUUUUUAUUUUUAUUUAAGAUUGGAACGCCACGUAUUCAGAUAAUGUAACGACUUCUGUAAUUGAAAAUAAAUAUGAUAAUUUAAACCAAAUAAAGUCAUUUACUUUGUAUAGUUUGUGUUGCGUUAAGAUCGAAGUAUUGUAAUAUUUUUCUUAUAAGAAGCCAAAGUCUUCUUGUUAAUGUAAGUAGUAUAGGUUUUUUAAGGUGACCUUUGAACCAAGCGCUUAGUACAAGUGCUUGAGAAAACAAAACUGUAACAUAAAAAAUAAAAGUUAAAUUCUGAUUCAA